UUGAAUUUUGAUGAUGAAUGGGUGAAAAUUCAUAAAAUUGUCUUGGCACUGAUCACUCAAGAGAGGGUUACCCAGUUGGAAUGGCAAGAUUUGUUUCUCGCCGUUUACAAAAUCCAUUCGUGGGUUGAUGAUGGCAAGAAGAAGCUUCAUCGCAUAAACUGCUAUAUGGAGCGAGGUGACCAAGCAUUGUUGAAAGCGUACAUAAAUGAAUGGACCAAAUUUUACCAGCAGACAGCUAUUCUCCCACUGCCAUUCAUGGAGAUGCUUGAGACAUGGAAGAAAGUUGUUUUUCAACACAUAAGUUUAAAGUUGCUUUCGGCUGCUCUUCGACUUGUCGAAACCGAACGAAACGGUGAAACCAUCGAUGCUCGUUUGGUUAUUGGUGUUCGGGAGAGUUGGGAUUGCUAUUUCGAAGAUGUUCUCGAGCAAUACCGAAAGCAUUUCGAGCGUGAGUUUGUAGAGGAGACUGUGGCCUACUAUAAGAAGAGAGCCGCACAGUACUUGGCAGAAAAUGGAGUCAUUAACUAUAUGUCGUACGCUGACCGCAUGUUAGAAGAGGAAGAACAACGUGCUCGAAAGUAUCUCAAUCCUAACCCGGAAAGUCUUGUUGAGAGCUGCGUUCAAGUGCUUGUUGUAGAAUUCGAGGAUCAAAUACUUGCUGAGUGUCCUUCAUUGAUCGCCAGAAACGAUGUUGAGAAGUUGCGAAUGAUGUAUCGAUUAAUAAAGUGGACUCCGUCUGGGAUAGAAGUUGUAUUAAAAGCAGUUGAUAACCAUAUUCGCGGUGAAGGACUGGACGAUAUGAAGGAAAAUGCUUCGACUAUCACGACAGACCCAGAGAAGUAUAUUUCGCAAUUGCUAAGCAUGUUUGGGCGAUUCAGUACACUCGUUAAGGAAGGGUUUUAUGAUGAUGCCCGGUUAUUAACUGCAAGAGAUAAGGCUUUCCGAGCACUUGUCAAUGAUACCACCAUUUUUAAAAUGGAACUACCCAUGGGGAAAAAAAGUCGAGGUGUAGCAGUUGAGUCGAAGUGUCCAGAACUACUUGCGAACUACUGUGAUCUUCUACUACGAAAAACCCAACUGAGCAAAAAGCUCACAUCUGAGGAGAUUGACGCAAGGCUCAAUAACCUACUUCUGGUGCUGAAAUAUAUCGCGAACAAGGAUGUAUUCAUGCGAUUCCAUAAGGCACACCUGUCUAGGCGACUUAUUCUUGAUAUGAGCGCAGACCAGGAGAAGGAAGAAGCCAUGGUUAACAAGCUAAGAGAGUGUGGAAUGCCAGCUGAGCUCGUCAAUAAACUUUUUCGGAUGCUGCAGGACAUUGAGGUAAACAAAGACAUCAACUCUAGCUUUAAGAAGUCAUUGGUCGGUAUAAACAACAACAAAACUUUAUCAGACCUUAUAAACAUAAAGAUCCUUAAUGGCGGGGCAUGGGGACGAGGCGGUGUUGGUGCUGAAAGGGUUCGAGUGUCACUCCCCAGGGAGUUAGAGGAAUUCGUUCCAGAGGUUGAAGCUUUUUACAAAAAGCACCACAAUGGUAGAAAAUUGAAUUGGAUGCAUCAUUGGAGCAGUGGAACUAUCAUCUUCGGGACUUCUUCCGGUGGUCGAUUCGAUUUAGAUGUGACAACGUUUCAGAUGGCCGUGCUUUUCUCAUGGAAUGACCGUGCUCAUGAGAAAAUCUCUUUUGAGUCUUUGCGGCUCUCGACAGAACUUCCUGAUACAGAAUUAGCUAGGACGCUUUACUCCUUGGUUGCGUAUCCUAAAAUGAAGUCACAAAUUUUACUCUGUGAUGCACCAUAUCCGAUUAAUCCACAUGAUUUUACUGAUUCGACUAUGUUCUUCAUCAACCAUGAUUUCCACCUAAUCAAGAACGGGAAAAAUCAGCUUCGCGGACGCAUUAAUCUGAUUGGUCGGCUGCAGCUGUCGAUGGAGUCGACGGCUUCGAAGGAGCAUGAGGAUAUAGUAGCUUUAAGAGAACUUCGCGUGCAAGAAGCAGCUGUUAAAAUUAUGAAAAUGCGCAAGACGAUAACGUCAGCUCAGUUACAAACAGAACUUGUAGAAAUGCUUAAACCUAUGUUUAUCCCGAACCGUAAGCUGAUUAAAGAGCAGAUUGAUUGGCUCAUUGAAAAUCGUUUCAUCGAACGGAAAGACGAUGACAUCAAUACGUUUGUAUAUGUUUCUUAG